GAUUCGUGGCGUCUUGCCGCUUAGGGACCACUAGUGAUGGACGGUAUCACCGGAGCUAAUGUGUAAUGUUCUCCCGAGGUUUAUAUUUCUUAGAGAAACGUGUGAGGAUGCGGGGGAAGUUAACGCUGACCUACAUACAGUCUGCAGUCUGCACCGAGUCCGUUUUGUCAGACUCAUCAAAUGUCAGAACAAGUCUUCACACAUCUGUUUUAUGAGGUAGGCAGGUGUGUCAGACCUGUUUCUUUCAACGCUCACGUUUGUUGCUGGACUAAACACAAGUCUACUUACAAUUUGGACGCAUACCUAUAGCAGCAGCAGCAGCAGGAGGAUAUAUCCUGCAGCUGAAGGGCAGACACACCGGCGGACGGAGCCAGUCUCUCCCCCAUGGCUACAGCACGCUUCCCCGGGAAGACUGUGGACGUGUUGACCACUAACUGGACUGCUCCCACGCUGGGCCGGCCGCUGUGUGUUAACGGGACGCCAUGGAUCCUCUACCUUCUGGAGGAGUGUGUGGAUAAUGUGUGGGAGUACUGCAGCGUGGUGAUAGGACUCGUAUCCAUGUUCUGUUUCCUGCUGUCCACUUUGCCUCAGGUCUACGAGGCCUAUCGGAACGGUAAAGUGGAGGAGGCCAUGUCCUUUGGCUUUCUCUUUUUCCUCUUCAGUGGAGACCUGACCAGCUUUGCAGGCUGCUACCUCACCAGUCAGCUGCCUAUUCAGAUAGUCACAGUGGUGUUCUACAUCUUCACAGACCUGAUUCUCAUCUCCCAGUUUCUCUACUAUAAGAUCAAGAACAGCUCCAGCAGAAAGAGUCCCGUGUUGAAGUGGCUGUGCUUCAUGUGGUGCGGCGCUGCAACAUUAGUCCUCCUUGCUUUACCCAAACUCAUCAUAGACAAUAGUACAACCUCAGAUACUCAGGGUCCAGCUACCUCCAAAUCAGUGGAAAUUACUGGCUAUAUAUGUGGAUACCUGGCAUCUAUCUUCUACCUCUCCUCUCGUUUCCCCCAGCUCUAUAAAAACUUCCAGCGACAGUCUACAGAGGGCACCUCCUACCUGUUGUUUGCCCUGGCCAUGAUGGGCAAUGGGACGUAUGGGUUAAGCGUCAUAGUGGUCCUUCCUGCGCUGAGGGACUCCAAACAGACCUUCAUCAUCAAACAUCUGGCCUGGCUCAUCGGCAGCCUGGGAGUCCUCAUACUCGACUUCUUUGUGACUGCCCAGUUCAUCAUAUACAGGAAGAACAACUCUGCUAAAAGCAGAGCACUACACACUGUCCCAGAGGUGGAACCUCUUCUGUGUGAGGAAGAGGAGCUCUCAGUGUUGUAGGAGACAUGAGUGACACCAGCGUGGACCAGGAGUGGAUUAAUCAGUCUGCAGUUUGAUUUAGAUAUUUCUGCAGGUUUUCAGUGAUCAUUGGUGUAGUCUUGUAAUAACUUUAAAAAAAAACAGAACCAGAACCAGCAGGUACUGUAUUUCCAGUGUGUCUUUGUAGUCUGAUUCUCUGCUGUUAACAGGAAAAACAGCAUGAUCAGCUCUUUUGUGGUUGACUGUGGCAAUAAAGCAAAAGCCACAGAGAAAAUCAGGUCAAGACAUUUUAACACUGGAGAUUAAUUUAAAUUAAGAACCAAUUUUGUAGCAUUUUUUGUCUGUUUGAGUCAGCAUCACUGAAUUUUUUUGGCGGGGGGUGGGGCGUUUUGAGUACUAGGGCUGUAGUCAACCAAAGAAAAUCUUGGUCGACUGAAAUCGUACAUAAUCUUCAACU